CUUAGAAAAAGGAGGCCCAGUCCCCUCGCCGAGUCCCUCCGUUGCCGCCAAGAUGAUGUGCGGGGCGCCCUCCGCCUCGCAGCCAGCCACCAUCGAGACCCAGAACAUCGCUGACCAGGUGAGGUCCCAGCUUGAAGAAAAAGAAAACAAGAAGUUCCCCGUGUUUAAGGCUGUGUCCUUCAGGAGCCAGGUGGUUGCGGGGAGGAACUACUUCAUCAAGGUGCAUGUCGGUGAUGAGGAGUUUGUCCACUUGCAAGUAUUCCAAAGUCUCCUUCACAAAAACAAGCCCUUGACCUUGUCUAAAUACCAGACCAACAAAGCCAAGCACGAUGAGCUAUUCUAUUUCUGACCCUGACUUAGGACAGGGUUCUUCCACCAGAAGGCUGGUAAUUAAGUGAUUCUGCGUUGACCAGAGCGUGUACUUGGGAUCAUAAAAUUAGCUUCAUCUCCCGGCUGCGCCCCUCGGGUGGAAGGGGCCGGAUGCAGCAGCUGCUUUUGCAUUUCUGUUUCUAAAUUUCAUUGUGUUGAUUUUUUCCCCCUUCCAAUCAGGGAUCUUAAUUACUUUCAAAAUAUUUUCAAAAAAUAUAUAUUUUUUAAAUCCUUAAAAAAAAAAAAAAGAAAAAGGAAAAACAACACCUUUCAUUUUUCUUUUUCUUUUUUUAGAGACAGGGUUUCUCCAUGAUGACCAGGCUGGUCUCAAACU